AUGGGUAUUACGAUCUCCCAGCCUACAGAUGGAAGCGAGUGCCAGGACAGUCCGUUGGCUGUCGCGGCCGUCGCAGAGAUUACUCAGUUCACUUUGGUGCAGCUUCAGGCGCUUCACGCUAUCUGGUUUGCUGCUGGCUCCAAGGACGAUGGAGAUUUGGCGUCUCGAGAGGCUGAUCUGAGCUGUGAGGAGUUCGAAGAAGCGCUCAACAGUGUCGGGUUUGCAGCAGCAGAUCGAGCGAUCUUUGAUCGCCUAUUCACCUUGUUGGAUCGUACAGGCGAUGAUCGCAUUUUCGCCAUUCAAUUCCUCAUUGGAACCUCGGCGCUACUUCGCGGAUCUCUCGACGUGAAGCUUCAAGCGGCGCUGCAGUUCGCUAGCGACGCUGACAAGUCGUCAGGCCUUGAAGAAGGUCUCUCUCCUGAAGGACUGAACUUCGCGUUAACAACGUUAGCCUCAAUCGCAGGUUUCUUCGGAGAUCCACCCGUGGCUGCACAUGAUGUGAGGCGAGUUGUAGAUGACGUAUGCGGCACAGAUGGCUGCUACUCGUGCCAAGAACUUGUGAAGGACCUCGAAGACCACCCGUUCGUACAGCAGUACGUGUACCACAAUACAGAGAGUUGA